AUGAUCGAAAAGGGUAUCUGUGUGGCCUUUAAAGAAAAGCUCCCUGCCACAAAAGGUGUCUUUUUAGAUUGUGACGUCCUUGUUGUGAAGAGGAUCAAAGUUUCAUCUGCAAAUGUGUAUAUAAUACAUGGUGAUGAAGGCAGUGUCUGCACCCUUCAAAGGAACGUUUCUGGCUUUAAAGAAUUUCUCAAAACAGUGAACCCUUCCCAAUACCCAGAAGAGUUUCACUUUAGUAAAAUCUGGCUUCACUUUUUUGGAUGCUCACUUACUGGAUCACUUUGUGGCAAACUUGGAGACUGCCUACCAAAUCCUUCCCUAGAGUUUCUACCAUCUGACUUGAGCAUGAUGAUCAUAUCUGACCCCAGCUAUUUUAUCUAUCAUGCUAUGCAUGUGGUGGCCCAAGUUCUUUAUAAGAUGCUUUUUCUUGAAGUAGAAAUGGGAUCUCCAGGAGAUGCAGACCAGCCUAUUCUUCCCUGGCAGACUCCUGAAUCUGUGUGUAGUCACAGCUGUGUUCCUGGAUUCCAGAAAAUUCCCCAAGAAGGAAGACUUUGCUGCUUUAUUUGUGUUUCUUGCCUGGAGUCAGAUAUUUCAAAUCAAACAACAGAUCAGUGUAUUCAGUGUCCAGCUCAGGAGUAUCCAAAUGAAAAAACUCACUGCCUUCCCAAGCCUGUGACAUUCCUGGCUUUUGAGGAUGCUUUAGGAAUAGCCAUGGUCUGUUUGGCGCUUUGCUUCUUUUUCCUCACAGUCAUAAUUUUGGGGAUCUUUAUGAAGCACCAAGACACUCCUAUUGUCAAGGCCAACAACCAGGCUCUCACCUUUGUUCUGCUCAUCUCCCUCCUGCCCUGUUUCCUCUGCUCCUUUCUCUUCAUUGGCCAUCCUAACACAGUCACCUGUCUCCUCCAACAAAUCACAUUUGGCCUUGUGUUUACUGUAGUUGUUUCCACUGUUCUGACCAAAACCAUUACUGUGAUUCUGGCAUUCAAUGCCAUGAAACCUGGGAGGACAAUGAGGCGCUUGCUGCUCUCAGGGGCUUUUAACUCUGUCAUUCCCAUUUGCUCCUUGACCCAAAUGAUUAUUUGUGGAAUCUGGUUGGGAAUCUCUCCCCCUUUCAUUGAUAUAGACUCACACUCUGAGCCUAGAAACCUCCUCAUGGUGUGCAACAAGAGCUCAGUCACUGCCUUCUUCUGUGUCCUGGGCUACCUGGGCUUCUUGGCUCUGGGGAGUUUCACUGAGGCUUUCCUGGCCAGGAACCUGUCUGACACAUUCAAUGAAGCAAAGUUCCUCACAUUCAGCAUGCUGGUGUUCUGCAGAGUCUGGGUCACAUUUGUCCCUGUCUAUCACAGCACCAAGGAGAAAUUCAUGGUGGCUAUGGAGGUUUUCUCCAUCUUGGCCUCCAGUGCAGGGAUCCUAGGCUGCAUCUUUGUGCCCAAGUGCUACAUUAUUCUGAUAAGGCCUUAUGAGAAUUCCUGGAAAGCUUUAAAAACCAAAAGGGAUUCCACAUAA